AUGCUACGUGCAACAUUUCUUUUGUGCUUCGUGUUGGGUGUUGCAACAGAAAGUGUACAUUGGCAAUGGCGUGAGCUUAUCUGCAAAUCCAAAAACGAAAAGGACACAAAGGAUGCUUCUGAUUGCGAAGUGUUACUUAAGGAGGAAGAAAAUGAUAAAAAUCCCAGAAAAGUGCCAUUAAAUACCUGCUUUGAUAUGCCAAAAGCCUUGCAUUUUUUACAGGAGACCGCUAACGGUCAACCACGGCGAUACUGUAAUCUACUCUGCCCAGGAGCUAUUACAGCUUAUAGAAUAACGAGAUUUCCACAAAAUCAUAGAAGCUGCUUCACACAUCUCACGUAUCGAAUUGAAAGGCGAGGUGACAACUUCUUUAUGUGGAGAGAUGGAAAGUAUGUUUCAAUUAGUUCAAUUAAUCCUCAA